UUUACUCGCGUCCGGUCCGCUGGCGGGUGCACUUUCUUUCCGCCGCCGCCGCCACCGCCGCUGCCGUCUCUCAGUGGAAGCGGCACUCAGUACGACGCGAUAACUCGGUUUAGUGUGCACACGGUCGCGACUUCGUAUAGGAGGUAACCACUUACCGCGGUGUGCAAAACGCGCGAAGCGUCUGGAACAUCGUCACAUCGCUCGGACGGCCGCUCGUCGCACUCGCCAACCAAGUACGCGCUCGAUCGCUAUCCGAAGUUCACUCGUACGGACGGACGAACGCGCGCGCGACCGCGGCCACCGCGCGUUUAUGGUGCUCGGCCGCCGUCGACGAUGCGGUCGCAGCAGCUGCAGAAGAUGGUGGUGCACGUGUGCAUGCUGACCUCGGUCGUCGCCUCGACCGUCGGCCAUGGAUCGGCCACCACCCCGUCGUCCGCGUCCACGGACAACGACGACGACGGCCCGUCCAGACCCAACAGGCAGGGUGACAAGCGAAUAUUCUUUGACGACAUAUUCGGUUCGGUCAGCUACGAGCCCGAGGAGAAGUUACCAGUGUCCAACUGCACUUGCAAUUGUGGAGUGCCCAACCAAGAAAUCCGCAUAGUGGGCGGCCGCCCCACCGGGGUGCACAGAUACCCAUGGGUAGCGAAACUCAUGUACGAAAGCCAUUUCCACUGCGGCGGAUCACUCAUCAACAGCGAUUACGUGCUGACCGCAGCUCAUUGCGUCCGGAAAUUGAAAAAAUCUCGUAUACGUGUGAUAUUCGGCGACCACGACCAGAGCACGACUACCGACGGCGAAACGAUUACCAGGAUGGUAUCUUCGAUCGUGCGUCAUCGGAACUUUGACGUGAACUCGUACAACCACGACGUGGCUCUGCUGCGGCUGCGGAAGGCUGUACCGUUUACCAAAUCAGUGAGGCCGAUAUGUUUGCCGUUAGCUACCCGCGAACCGUCCGGAAAAGUGGGAACCGUGGUCGGUUGGGGCCGUGUGUCAGAAGGUGGAAAUCUGGCGGACGUUGUGCAAGAAGUCCAAGUGCCGAUCCUGUCAUUGGCGCAGUGCAGGGCUUCAAAAUACCGACCACAGAGAAUCACCGCCAACAUGAUUUGCGCCGGAAAGGGAGUCGAGGACUCUUGUCAGGGUGACAGUGGAGGUCCCUUGUUGAUAAACAGCGAUGUCGAUGACAAGUUGGAAAUAGUUGGCAUAGUGUCUUGGGGCGUUGGCUGUGGUAGACCCGGUUACCCGGGCGUGUAUACCAGAGUUACCAAAUACCUGGAUUGGAUUCAAAAAAAUAUGCGGGACACCUGCGCUUGCGUCAGAUACUUGUGGCCGCUUCGGGUCACAGUCAUGACACCGAGUCGCCAAGGUUCGUUUGUCGCGGGCGUUCUGCUCGUAAUAGCAUGUGCAACGCAACAGGGUCAUGGCGUAAGAAACGUAUUCACAGACUUUGGAUUUCGCAGACCUACGCCUCAAAUCGCAGUAAAUUCGGUCAUCAAAAAUGGCCAAGAGUGCGACUGCAGUUGCGGAUCUCCGAACGUCGACACUAAAAUCGUGGGCGGUGACCCUUCGGGUGUGCACGAAUACCCCUGGAUGGUCCGUUUAUCGUAUUUCAAUCAAUUUUACUGCGGCGGUACGCUGAUCAACGAUAGAUACGUGCUGACGGCUGCUCAUUGUGUCAAAGGAUUCUUUUGGCCGCUGAUCAAAGUCACCUUUGGCGAACACGAUUAUUGCAAUGCCACCAGAAAACCAGAAACCCGAUUCGUCUUGAGGUCCAUCGUAGGUGAGUUCAGUUACCUGAAUUUCCAAAACGAUUUGGCGCUGUUGAGGCUCAACGACCGAGUGCCAAUGUCUGCUACAAUAAAGCCCGUUUGUUUGCCGACCGACACAAACGACACGUACAGUAACGGCGUGGGAAAGGUUGCCGGUUGGGGUACGCUGUACGAGAACGGAAGUCCGUCAUGUCACCUGAGGCAGGUGGACGUGCCGAUAAUCGACAACAAGGAGUGCGCCAAGACCAACUACACGGGAGACUUGAUCACGGAGAACAUGAUUUGCGCGGGGCACGAGAUGGGUGGAAAGGACUCUUGUCAGGGUGAUAGCGGUGGACCGCUGAUGAGACUCAUGGAAAACAAACGGUUCGAGAUCAUCGGGAUCGUGAGUUGGGGUCACGGAUGCGCCCGUCCUGGAUAUCCUGGAGUAUACACCAGAGUUGCCAAAUAUUUACCUUGGAUCAAAGAAAACUCCAAAGAAGGAUGUUAUUGUUCGCAAUGAUAAGAAAAGUGAGGACACACUAAUAAGUAUACGACUGGAAAUUUCCAAAUAUAUAAUAUAAACCUACCUAUAGCUACAUUGUAUAUAGUAAUAUCAUGUUUGACCAAGGAGGCAUAAUUUAGUACCUAGGUAGUUAUCAUAUUAUAAUAUUACCUACUUACAGGGGCGGCUUCAGGGGGGUGCAUUGGCGCCACGGCAUUCCCCCCCCCAAGCUGUAUUUCUAAACAAUUUUAUACUGUUAAAAUCAAAAUUACAAAAGAAAAAUCAUCGAUAUUUUCUGAAAAUUAUGACUUGCCUCCCCCCCUAACUAUGUAUCUGGAGCCUCCCCUGCCUACCUAUCGUUAAUCAUUGUGAUAUAAUUAUAUAAAUAUAGAAUAUACUGGGUGCAUCAUGGACAUAGAAAUCUGACAAUUAAAAUUGAGGGGUUCAGCUUCAGUGCAGUAGUGACUAACAAACUUUGGUACUUUAGUAACUUUAAAAUAAUCUACAAUAAAACUAAACUAUACUUUAAAAGUUUAAAAUACAAUAACGGCUUGGGUGCUGCUAUCUAAUGAAUAUUAAGUAAAAGUGGCUUAGACCGUUUAUGUAAGGAAUUGUUUGGUGUAUGUUUGCUAUUAAUGUAAGUAACUCAAAUAUUGUAGAUUAGUCAAUAAGUAGUUUGUGAGUUGGUCCAUUACAGCACUGAAGGCCUCAAUUGAAAAUUAUAUUAUAUAAAAUUUGAACAUGUCUUUCAACAUCUUCAUGAUACAUCCUAAAUAGUGUAUACACUGUGUUAAUAUUAGUUGAAAUCAGUAACCCAUAUUAUUUCAUAUACAUUAUUGUGUAAAAUUAACAGAAAAGCAUUUACAAAAAUUUGUGUGCAUUUUUUAAAUGUUAAAAAUAAUUUUGUUACGUAUAUUAUUUAAUAAACCAUAAAUACAUAAAACAA